AAAGUGGGGGAUGGCGGACCCACCAACAAUAUAUAAGCCCUCCCGCAUUCUUAAUUUCGAGUUAGUCUGAUAUAGUUACCGGUCCUUUAGACGAAAGCCGUCGCUAUGAAGGUGAUUAUCUUACUGACACUUAUCGGAUCAUCCGCGACAGCCCUGGUUCCCGCAGGCCCUCUGCAUUAUCCGAAUUUGAUCUCGGCGCAUCGUACAGAGUUUCCUACCCAACGUCUGGAUGUGACUACGCUGGACGCCAACCCUUCUCAACAAUACUUUCUUUAUAACGUCCCUCAGAUUAACACAGCCGUCAGGACUGUACCAAUGGCCGUAUUUGCAAAUGGUAGACCUACUAUAGCACAUGUUCCAACAAUUUAUAAUUAUUAUGGAACGCCAGUCUACGAUUUCCGAUUUCCCUACUCCCCGCUGUAUCCGGCUGGGUCGAAACCAUCAGUCCCGGAAUAUGUUCCAAAACCAGGAACACCUCGGCCGCCGAUUAAACCUGUAGAUUACGACGACAACGACGAUGACGAAAACAAUGACGGCGGUGGUAUAGAGAAGUUGGACGAAAAAGUUGAACCGGGAUACGAUCCUCUCGGCGAAGCAGCCAGCGCGGCGAGUAGCGUGGAGGUCUCUGAUGAAAAUGACUCCGUUAUCAUAGAAGCCGAGUGAAAAACUUCACCUCAAAUUUUCUUAUCAUAUAUUGUGUAUGUACAUUCAUAGUCAUACCCAAGCUUUGAAUAAAACAAUAAAUAUCGGCAGCAAAAACGCUUAACCUGACACUAUCUUUUGUUCAGUGAUGUACAUUCCAAGCCGACGGUACGGGUUUUUAAUGAGACGUGUCUUUGGCAGAAUGAGACAAAAUCUUUCAUUUGAAGAGGUAUAAUAAAGAAGCUGGGGUCAUAAGUGAUCCAAAAAUGCUCGAGCUGCGUUCGCAGUCGGUUGUAAUAUUAAUUUGACCGUGAAACCUUCUGCCCUUAUCGGGAACGCUAAGACAACUCAGAAGAAAAGAACACAGCUCGCGUCAAUCAAGUGUCGUAGACCUAACAUUGAAUAUAUUAUAGUUUCGAUGCGGUUCAAAGGUCGGUUGGUAGCACGACAGAUAGCGAUAUCGUCUCAGUUAAUUCCAUCUAUCGGAGUGCCGCAUGCCGUAUAAAGUUCUCGCAUUCGUUUUCAAGAGAGUGUCGUUUUAGAAGCACAGUGUUCGACAGGCGGUGCGGUUUGACACGUUCAAGAUCAACGAUUAUUUCGGAAUGUUGUCGGAAGAUCCAGAAGGCGUGAAAUUCCGCACGCCAGACUAUCGCGGACUAUACUUUUUUCUAAUAAUCAUUUUCGCUUCAACUCUCUCCGGCGUAUCUUCGAGAAGUGUCGUGACGGAGGGCGAUAAAAGGGCUGACGAUUUUUUCGCAAAAUCUGUAAGUACAACCGUGAACGAGCCCAAUCGGAUUUGCGAUAAUGCUCUAAAAGAGAGGAAGUAUUCAAGAAACACCGGGACUGAGGCGGUGGGUUGCGACUUUAGACGUGCUUUCAUGCUGACAAUGAGACCCGAAGAGACGAGGUCCACGCCGGAGAAGCCAAAUCAUCCCUUAAUCGCGAGAUUCCGGAGAGAGGGCAAGGAAAUGGUUACCCGGAACGUUUCGACGUCGAAAGAUUACAUGAGUAGCUACUACGCCCAGAGGAAGGCGAUCAUGGACAAGUUCAACUUGCAAAAAAAUGAGAUUACGAAGAGACGCGAGAGGGCGGAAAAGUUGAUAGCCGAGGCGAAAAGAGCCAAGGAGGCGAAGGUGCAAGUUCAUACGGAAAGAAAUGACUUCACUCAAGAUCGCGGUCGGGCCGAGGAUACGCCCCGUCCCCCGAUUGUAGUCACGUAUUCUCCCGACCUUGCUUCGACAGUUUUCCCGGUUCCGAAUAACGGUGCUGACCUGAGAGGUAAGGUGAAUUUGGCCAAUCGAUAUCACUCGACUAUUCCUGAUAUAAAUUUCAACGACACCCAAACAGCGACUCCGGAGAGCAAGGGAUCUUUCACCGAUCCAAUCGAAGAGGGAACUCUGAAGAAUUCAAGUGACUUCAAUCUAUAUUUCGACGAAGAUUCGUCACCAACAGUCGCGACACCUCGCCUUUUGGAAAAUAAUGAUAUCGAUCUUGUGGUAUCGGAGAGAAAUUCUCUGAAGCAAAAACGCGACAAUGAAACUCUGAUCGUCGACCUCGGAGCUCAUCUCACAGCUUCGUCGAGGGGAAACGAGUCGACCUCCGAAGAGCUGGAGAGUAUUUUUCAAUGGGAAACACCGGCGACAGACAAGACAUUCACUCGACCUAACACCGUUGUUAUUUCAGCCAAUGGUCAGUCGGACAAUUCGAGUCAGGCUUUGGCCUCCCAGGGUUCCAUGGUCAAGGUAGAGACUUCCCCGGAGGUGCACGUGACAAAGAGUAUAGAAAACGUCAAGACUGACACGAUGGUGUACAGAAAUUCUACCCACGAAAUUGUCGCGAUCAACGGUGCCGUGAGUUCCAUCAAGAGGAUAGACGAUGUUCCAGCCAACGUUGACCAGGACAUGAAAAAUCGUAAUAUGACGGAUUCUACGAUGUCUGGAACAGCAGAAAUCGGCGGCGCCAGGGAGUCGGAAUGGUGCGAGGAAUGCCCGCACGACUACAGAUGGGGAGAAUGCGAGGGAAUUCUAUUUUAUCAGCAUAACAUAUUCUUGAGAAACAGAGGACCUUCCGCAGUUGACGCUGUAUUCGGAAUGGACACAGAAGGCCCCGUGUACAUAACCUGUGUCGAAGCCCUGCGUUAUAAUCAAACGAGGGGAAUAGUCAGCCUACAUUCCGGCGGUCCGGCUCAUAAUUUUGCUAAAUUACGUGUCAGAGGAUUUCAUGGCGAAGGGUUUUCGUACAUUAUGAAAGUCUGGGGCGUAAGCAGUGAGAAAUUUCACGAGAGCACCAGUUAUCAGUGAAAAUAGAAAAUGAAAGUAAUAAUGAUGAUACCAAUGAGGCGAACGAGAAAAGCUUGGUGUUGUAUACAUUUUGCAGAAGAUUCAAAAAAAUUAAAACACACUGA